UGGGGGGCAGACCAGCCCCCCUGCUCCCUAGAAGAGCCUAGCUGGUUCAUGUGACCCCUCAUUUCGCUCCCCUGAACCCCCAGAAAUGGUUUUUGACGGCCCUAGCCCCCUGUCUCUGUAUAGGUCCCCUGAGGGGCUCAUGUGACGCUGCUAUGCACGCGUCAUGACUGGACCUACCUCCUGGAUGUUGUUUAAAUGCGCCAAUGAGCGGUGAGAUGGCAGGGGAGCCUGGUCUUUAAAUGGAAGAGCAGCAGGACGAUCACAGCUUCUUCUGCGGCUGUUCUUGCUGGGCUAGCAGCGCUGUUGAGGGAGCAGAGCCUGUUUACGAGAAAAUGAAUACGCCGGAGCCAUACAGAACUGAAGCUGUGGAAGAAAUGCGAGCUUCUUGCGAAGAACCCCGCAAAGAAGAUGCACAAUGUAGAGAGCUUUCGAGAUUUGACUUUCCAGAGUGCAUUAUUCACUUAGUACAAGGGCUGCAGGAUAAAGAAGUACCGUGGCGGGUGUUUUCAGAAAUAGUUGAAGCAGCUCACACAGAAGUUUACCCGGAGUGUUGUGAUCACUGCUUUGAAGUAGCAUAUCGACAAAAAUUCGGAUGCCUGGGACGUGGUGUAAUGUAUUGGCAAAAAUUCAAAUGCAUGCAGCCUGAACAACCCGGUGACGAUCCGGAUGCUAGAUUUGACAGACCCGAGUGCGUGCGUUUUUUAGUACAGGGGCUAGAUGAUUAUGAAGUGGAUUGGGAGGUGUUUUCCGAAAUAGUCAAAGCGGCGCACACAGAAGUGUACCCAGAGUGCUGUCCGUACUGUGAAGAAAUAGCAGAUUGGCAAAAAUGCGGUUGCCUGAGAUGUGAGGAGGAGGAGACGGCUGAGGGAGCGAAAAGCAUAAGAGGGGAUGAGCAUGUGACAGACCAGAAAGUGGAGCCCAUUUAUGAAGAAAUGCAGAGUGUACACGGUAUCCAAGAGCGACCAGAAGUGCAUGAGGAAGACGUCACAGUACCAGGACUGCUGAAACAAAAAGUGUUGCAGUGCAUACAGACUCUCUACCCUAAUAUGGCGGAGCUGAACUAUGUAGCGGUGGCUGAGGAGGUCAAGGAGAACAAGUUUGAUCCUGACUGUUGCAGAUUUUGCAACCACAUAGCAUAUUGUCAAGAAGUCCCCUAUGAUGAAGAUGAUGAGGGUGCCAGAGCAGAUUGUGAGGACUCAGGGGAUGAACCAGAGGAUGCUGUCCCCAUAGAGGUUGGGGAAAUAGAUCCAACAUUGGAUGUUUCUGAUAGUGCAAAAGCGACAGACCCGGUGAAAGAAGGCGUAAAGCCGCGCAUUCAAUACCUGGUCCCAGAUCCAACAGAUGUGCUGAUCGAGUGUGCUCUACUGGAUGAGGUGCUAGCGAGAGGCCCGGUUGGGGAUGGUCCGGUCAGCUUUGAGUAUGAGCAUCCCCCAAAGCCCCGUGUAGGGAAGAAGCUGAAAAAGAGGAGACCUAAGACGGAUUACUGCAGUGAUACCUGUUGUGAUUCUGAUUAUGUAGAUGACUCGGACAGACCGCGCCUGGACUUCUGUCAUUAUAGUUGCUGCAACUCUUCUGAUGAGUGGUCGUUAACAGAAACUGAUGAUAAUAGCGAUAUUGAGAGUGAAAAUGUCGAGCAGGGGGUGCAAACUGAUGGUGUCGCACCCAAGGUGCCCCCAGUCCCCACUCUACUGAAUGAGGAGACAAUGUGGGGCCCUGCUGGGGAUAGCAUAGAGAGCUCUAAAGAUGAGCAUUACCCACAGCCCUCUGUAGGGAAGAAGCUGAAAAAGAGGAGACCUCUGCUGAGUUACUGCUAUGAAAAUUGCUGCUAUUCUAACAGCUCAGAUGAUGAGUGGAGACCAUAUGCGCCAUACUGUAAUCUUAGUUGCUGCAAGUCUUCUGAUGAAUGGUCGAUAACUGAAACCGAUGACAGUGAUUUUGAGCCUUUAGGAACACCAGGGGGGAGAAAAGGAGAUCCCGAGUUGCGGGCUGAUGGAGCAGCACCCGAGACUAUGACCAGAGAAGGAAAUUGAAGGGGGGGGGGUGGAGUUGUGGUUGAAAGCCCACAAUCUGUACACACUUUAAUAAAAUGCCUUUUCCCAGUGUAAAAGCGUUGAGUCGGUUCAUGAUGCCUCAAGAGACGGUAUUAAAAGGGAUUUACUAUAAUCCGGGGGGAGCAGGUAGCUUUGGGGGAGCAGAAUCU